CCAGCAGAGAGUAGCUAUGUUAAUAUCGUUAUUUGACCUUAACGAAAACAACGAAUAGUCAACAAUAAUUCAAUUGACUAAAACGUGCAUACAAGUACACCAUAGUCAUUAAUCGUUGCCAAAAUGGAAUGAUCGUUUCUAAGUAAAAGGCUAAAAUCCCAUAUCUAACAAACUUUGUAGUUCUCUCUUUCUCUCCUUCAUGACCAUGAUCCUACCCUUAACAGCCCACAAGUACCGGCGAAGCCCCAAAACCCAUCACCACCUAAGCCCCAUUUCCGGCAAAGACGGCUCCGAUGGCUCGUCGUUCUCUGGUGCGGUGUUUAACCUCUCAACGACCGUUGUCGGCGCCGGCAUCAUGGCUCUUCCGGCCGCCGUCAAGCAGCUGGGGCUAAUUCCGGGUCUAGUCAUGAUUAUACUAUGUGCCAUGUUAACCGAAUCGUCCAUCACCAUGCUCGUGCGGUUCACACGUGCGUCCAAGUCCUCCACCUAUUCCGGUGUUGUCCGUGACGCGUUCGGUGGCCUUGGUCGGAACCUCUUGUUGCUUUGCAUCAUCGUAAACAACGUGGGCAUGCUCGUUGUCUACAUGGUCAUUAUCGGUGAUGUGUUCUCAGGAACGUGGUCAGAAGGAGUGCACUAUUCAGGGGUUCUAGAAGAAUGGUUUGGUCAACGUUGGUGGUCAACGCGCCCUAUCUUAUUGUUGCUCACAACAUUUCUGGUAUUGCUGCCUCUCGCAUCAUUCAGGCGUGUGGAUUCACUGAGAUACACUUCAGCAUUGUCAGUGGGGUUGGCCAUUGUAUUUGUGGUGAUAACAGCAAGCAUAGCAGUUGUUAAGUUCAUCGAUGGAAGCAUCGGAAUGCCACGCUUAAUGGCAAAAUUCACUGGCUUGGAGUCCUUUUGGAAGCUUUUCACAGCUAUCCCUAUAUUAGUCUCUGCUUACAUCUGUCAUCAUAAUGGUAAGUGUCAGAUAGGGUGGUAGAUUCUUAAUUCUGUUGCCAACUAUUCACUCAUUCAGUAAAUA